CAAUAUUUCCAUGCUGGUGGGAAUGGUCUGAAGAAAACCUUCUUGGAGAAGAGUCCAGACUUGCAGUCACUUCGAUAUGCUCUCUCUCUCUACACUCAGACGACAGAUACUCUCAUAAAAACCUUUGUCCAGACUCAGACAGCUCAGGCCUCUGGUGUGGAUGAUCCAGUGGGUGAAGUUUCCAUACAGAUUGACCUGUAUACCCACCCAGGAACUGGUGAACACAAGGUCACAGUGAAAGUUGUGGCAGCCAAUGACCUGAAGUGGCAAACGUCCGGCAUGUUCCGUCCCUUCGUUGAAAUCACCAUGAUUGGGCCCCAUCAGAGCGACAAGAAGAGGAAGUUCACAACCAAGUCAAAGAGCAACAACUGGGCUCCCAAAUACAAUGAAACCUUUCACUUCAUACUGGGGAAUGAAGACGGCCCUGAUGCCUACGAGCUCCAAGUCUGUGUGAAGGACUACUGCUUUGCUCGGGAGGACCGAGUACUGGGGAUAGCAGUGAUGCAGCUCAGAGACAUAGCCGACAAAGGAAGCUGUGCUUGCUGGUGCCCUCUUGGGCGAAGGAUUCACAUGGAUGAGACUGGACUUACAGUUCUGAGGAUUCUCUCUCAAAGAACCAAUGAUGAAGUUGCCAGAGAAUUUGUGAAGUUGAAAUCUGAGUCUCGCUCCACGGAGGAGGGCACCUGAGCUGAGCUGUGUAAUGUUCCCUUUUCUCUUCUGCCUUGUGCCAAUAUGUGCAAGUGUUCAACAAUUCUCUUUUAUUAAUUACAAAAGGUUUUUUUCAUGUUGUCUUUGUCAGCUCCAAUAGCGCACGUGUGCUGUACAGGAAACAAAUCCAUCAAUCUGACGUGAAUUAUUUAUUUUUUAGUAGCUGGGUAAGACACCAUAGAGAAUGAGACAAUCUCUUCUUAUUUAAGAUGCAAAUUCUGCUUUGUGUAUAUAAAUUAUUUUAUAUUGGGGGCUGGGUAUGCUGGCUUUUGUUGAUAUGCAGCACUGUGAUUUUAUCCUCUGAAGUUGGCAGACGUUAAAAAGGUCCUACAUAAUCACACUAUGGUACAAACACACAACUGUGUGGAAAUUGGGAGAAGAAGAAUUAUUUAGGGUUUUGGCAAAGCACAGUUAUCUCU